CCCUUCAUUUGGGCUUGUUAUUCAAUCAAUAAUAAUUAUUUUCAACAAUUGUGUUGAAAAUACACCUCGCUAUACGACCACUCUUUAUACGGCCAUCUUACAUUAAUCCUUUCGUUACGAGCGUCGUUUAUAGACGACAUCCGCGCGACGAGCUGUGUGUACGAGCGUUGUCUUUAGACGACAUGAAAUUCAUACUGCUCUUCGAUCACACCAGCGCGACAUGCAUACUUUUCGGCGCAGUACUCCGUACAGGGGUAGCACUUCGGCGGAGCACACUGCCGUAAUGAAAGGGUUAAGGCACGUUUUCGAUUUACGACCUAAAAUGUUUCGCUAUAACGGCCAUUUUUUAUUACGAUAUAUGACCUGCGAUCACGCGUAUUCUAGAGCUUGCCACUCAGAAUGCAUUCAAGGCGUGUUAUUUGGCAUAGAAAUCUCAACUAAGUACUAAUAAAAAUGACGCAAGUAAUACUACGUUGAGACGGCGAAGUUCCUCUAGGAACGUUAUUGCCAUUGAAGAAGAAGAAGAACUUAAAAAUGAAAUUUAAGCAGCAGCGCUGAUGAGGCCGCAUCAAAGGAAUAUGCUAACAUUUCAAAGAGAAUUAUUGAAAGAGGUGAUCAUAAACCAGAACAAGUGUUUAACCUAGACGAAACAUGGCUUUAUUGGAAGCGAAUGCCAGAUCGCACGUACAUUUUUUUUCUGCGCCUGGUUAUCAGGUGUCUAGAGAACGAUUAACUUUGCUUCUUGAUGCAAAUUAUCUCUUUUAAUAUAUUUAUAUAUUUGGAUGACUAAAGCUAAUUUUGAGGAUUGUACAGAAGUGAAAAAAUAUUUGCGAGACAAUAACUUAAACAUGGCUUUGCUAAUUUUGGAUAAUGCACCAGGGCAUCCUAUUAAUUUAUCCGAACUAGUCUUCAGAUUUAAGCCAUUUAAAAAAAUAUGUAUGUAUACAAACAUAUAUUUCAUUUAACAUGAAGUUGUUUUCGUAUUUGAUGGUUUUUGGAGUCUGUUAUUAUUUUACGUUUGAGGAGUGCGAAUGUAUUUGUUGAGGGGGCAAAUCACGCCACUGUUCACUUCAUAUCACCCUGCGCAUUUCAGUACCAUCAGCAUCGCUCCAUGACAGUUCGUCUGAUAACCGUCGAAAUACAGCUGUCAUAACAAUCCCAUACGUCUUCCUCAUACAUAUCUUUGCUAACCACAAAAAGGUAGAGUUCCAUCCGAGUGUUAAUAGAAAUUAAUAUUGAAAUCAAUUUAAGUCAUCCUGUAGUAAGCUUCGCUGUAUACAAAACAAGGAGACCAAAUCUUUGAGCUCGCUCACCAACAAUUCCCGCGUGCUGCAAAGAGUCGUCCGAAAAAAACCCCAACAAACUCAAAGAUUUGUUGCAACGUGUUGCAAGUAGCAAACCAGGAUGCCGGAGACGGAUCGUUUCGAUUGCCAAAUGUGCGAUCUCGCCAACAACGCCGAUGACAUGGUACAAUGCGAAGGAUGCGGCAAAUGGUCGCACUUCGGAUGUGCUGGUUUCGAUGAAGGGCGAAAGGACGAACAUUGGAUGUGCCAUAAAUGCGUCGUCGAAUCUGCUAACAGCGUCGUCGGUGUUGAUUCGAAUGUUUCGGUUGGCCUCGAACCUGCACACGGGCAAACUAACGCGAACGGAUCCGACGAAGGAGCAAAGCCGAUUGGGGAACUCGCCCAGCUUAACCUCAAACUGUUGGAAGAGCGGAAGGCAUUCCUGCUAAGGGAAAUUGAGCUGCAACAGACGAUCCAGUUGGAACAACGUAAGCUGCAGUUGGAGAAAGAGAUGUGGAAAGCGCGGUACGACAUCAUCAAUGCGAGGUGUGGAGCAACCAACAGGGAUGUGAUGGCUGGUAGUCUUGGAGAUUGGUUACAUCGCUUGGAUCAGGUCGCCGUCAGCCAGAAUGAGCUAACUUCUGCGCCGGCGAGAACGGUGACGGUCUCAGCAACGUCUUCCAGAACCAGACCGCAGCAUUCCGCUGCUGGAAAUACAAAAAAUAUUCCACAAACAACACCAUCGUCACCUGCGGUCACGUCAUUGUUCGGAGGUACAUCUGUUCUCCCUUCUUGGAUAAUCUCUCCUACGAUGUCGAUGCAAUCAAACUCGCAACUAAGCCAACCGACAACGAGUGGGUAUGCAAGUGGGCAAGGUAGCCUCUCCCACGAUUUUCAACCUGGCAGAGGAGCAAACGGACCGGGGGCGUCGACGCCAGUCAGCACGAUCAAUUGGGUCAAUCCAGUGACAGGCUUUACCAGUUCCACCCAGUGCCUGCCACCAUACAUCAGCUCAGUGGGACAGAUUGGAAGUCAUCCAAUGCAACCGUGGCACGUGAGUCAGCCAUAUCAGGUACCGAAUAGUUUACACAAUUUCGCACCAGUAGGUCAGGUAGCCUCUUCGCAGUAUGCUUACGGUAGCGUAGGAACACUGAAUCCUGUAGCCAGUUCAAUAAAUGCAUAUCCCUCUUACAUCCCCUAUUCCUUUCCAUCGAUGCUUCCGCAACAUAAUCCAUACCUCCCGCAAAUCCCUCUGGGUGGGCAAAUGGGACCUCUUGGUGGAUAAAUGGGACCAGCUGCGAUUAUCGACGAGCUAGCCCCUACACCUCGUCAAAUCGCAGCGCGACAUGUUAUGCCGAAGGAUUUACCGUUGUUCAGUGGCAAUUCCGAAGAGUGGCCCAUGUUCUUCAGUGCUUUUAACACCUCCACGGAAGCAUGCGGCUACAGUAACGUUGAAAACCUUGGUCGUCUCCAACAGUGCCUGAAGGGUGCCGCAUUGGAGGCAGUUCGUAGUCGUUUAUUAUUACCUACAUCAGUGCCACAAGUGAUACAUACGCUGCAGAUGCUGUACGGGCGGCCAGAACAAAUAAUAUACGCGCUGCUCCAGAAGAUCCGCGAUGUUCCAGCACCAAAAGCGGAUAAUUUGUGCACGAUCGCGGCUUUCGGCAUGGCGGUACAGAACUUCAGCGAACAUUUGGAGGCGGCGGGACAAGUGCAACAUCUAUCUAACCCGGUGCUGCUCCAAGAACUUGUGGAUAAGCUGCCAGCAAAUUUGAAGCUUGACUGGGUGGCGUUCAAACGACAAUUCGCGGCGGUCGACCUCCGUGUAUUCGGUCGGUACAUGGCAAAUCUGGUCUCGGCAGCAGCUGAAGUCACUCUUACGUUGGAUCCAAGGGGAAGUAAGCAGAAGAGAGAGGAGAAGCUGAAAGGUUUUGUGAAUGCUCAUGCUGCUACAUCAGACGCAACAGCUGACGAGGCCCCGAAGGUGGAAUCACCAAAAGCAGCUUCGCAAAUUAGCUGUUUGGUCUGCGGGAAUCCAGACCAUCGAGUGAAGGAUUGUGACGUCUUCAAAAAGAUGGACCGGGAUGACCGCUGGCAAGUGGUGCAUAAUUAUUAUUUGUGUCGUAUCUGCCUCGGGAAGCACGGAAGAAAACCCUGCCGGUCCUCAUCGCGCUGUGAAGUUCUAGGUUGUCAAAUGCGACACCAUCCGCUUCUGCACGGCGAUUCGGGCAGUUCGUCGACCAAUCCAUCUCAUCCAAUACCUCAAAGAGGCGGAGCAGGCCAGCGAAGUGAUGCAACGGAAGGUGUGAAUGCUCACAACGUCCAGAGCUCGACACUGUUUCGCAUGUUGCCGGUGCGACUCUUCAACAAAGGACGGUGUAUUGAGACGCUAGCUUUCAUCGACGAAGGAUCGUCCGUCACACUCCUCGAAAAGGGAAUAGCCGACGUACUACAGGUUGAAGGCACGGAAAAGCGUCUUUGCCUAACCUGGACAAGCAACGUUAGCCGUGAGGAAGAAGGCUCCCGUCAGGUAGAGGUGGAGAUUUCGGGUAUCAGUGGAGGCAAGCGAUAUCCACUAAAAGACGUCAGGACGGUCGAGUCCCUUGCACUACCUGCGCAGACGCUGUGCUAUAAAGAGCUUGCCGAGCGUUUCCCUCAUCUGCGGAAGCUACCGGUCGUAGACUUCGAAUCCAAAGCUCCAGGAAUUCUCAUUGGAGCCAAGAAUACUCACCUCACCGCCACCCAACAAAUACGCGAAGGUUGCGUGGGAGAGCCGGUGGCAGCAAAAACUCGUCUCGGAUGGGCGAUCUACGGCUCAAUGCCAAACGGGACGAACGUUGCGAGUUGCAACUUGCACAUCUGUGGUUGUGAUGUAGACAGGAGCCUGCACGAGCUAGUGAAGCAAUACUUCACGGUCGAGAACGUGGGCGUCUCGGUGAAUCAGAGUCCCGAAUCGAACGACGACAAGCGAGCGAGGGCAAUACUCGAGCAGACGACUAGAAGAGUCGAAAACGGCUUCGAGACUGGAUUACUGUGGCGCUACGAUUAUGUAGAAUUUCCCAAUAAUUACGCUAUGGCUGUCCGACGGCUACGGUGCUUGGAACGCCGUUUCAACGCGGAUUCAUCCUUGUUUGAUAAAGUCCAGCGGCAGAUAGCGCAAUACCAGCAAAAGGGCUACAUUCACGAAGCUACGGAGGAGGAACUAGCCGAAGCGGAUCAAAGGAGACUGUGGUAUCUGCCGGUUGGAAUAGUUCGAAACCCCAAGAAGCCCAACAAGAUUCGCAUCGUGUGGGAUGCCGCAGCAACAGUGAACGGCAUAUCCCUGAAUAGCAUGCUACUAAAAGGACCGGAUCUAGUCCAACCUCUCCCAGAUAUUCUCUGUGGAUUCCGUGAGCGGAAGAUUGCAGUCGUGGGAGAUAUCAUGGAAAUGUUCCAUCAGUUGAAGAUACGGCAAGCAGAUCGUUACAGUCAGUUGUUCGUCUGGCCCGGUGAAACCGGGCGUCCUCCGAAAACCUUCGUGAUCGACGUAGCAACCUUCGGCUCAACUAGCUCACCAUGCUCGGCGCAGUUCGUAAAAAAUUUGAAUGCAGCCGAGCAAGCAGAACAAUAUCCGAGGGCCGCGGAGGCGAUUGUGCGCCGGCAUUAUGUCGACGAUUACCUGCAUAGUUUCGACAGUGAGGAAGAAGCAUGUCAAGUUGUAGAGGAGGUCACGUUGGUGCAUAAACGAGGCGGAUUCACAAUUCGCAACUGGCUUUCGAAUUCAGGCGCAGUACUCCGCCAGAUUGGGGAUACCGAAGCGAGAGCAACGAAGAUCGUCGGUGAAGGCGGUCCCGAAGCAGAACGCGUGCUAGGCAUGCAAUGGAGAGCAACCGAGGAUGUCUUCGUGUUCUCCAGCGAUACCGACUUGGGAGCUUACGGUGCGUUAUGAGUCAGUUUGAUCCGUUGGGGCUUCUUUCCCAUUUCCUCAUCCAUGGCCGCGUUAUCAUUCAGGAUAUAUGGCGCACAAAAGCUGGUUGGGACGACGUGGUAGGCAAGCCAAUCCUUGAACGAUGGCAUUUGUGGGUAGCCAAAUUCAACGACCUGAAAGCUGUUCGUAUACCUCGUGCCUAUUUUCCGGGCGUAACGGCAUCAGAAAUCGAGGACUUGCACUUGCAUAUAUUUGUCGACGGCAGCGAGACUGCCUAUGCUUGUGUCGCCUACUUGAGGGCCACCAUCCAUGGAAAGUUCCAGUGUGCACUUGUCGGAGGAAAAGCGAAAGUAGCACCUUUGAAAACGUUAUCCAUUCCGAGGCUGGAGCUGCAGGCGGCGUUAAUAGGCUGUAGGUUGAUGAAAACGUUAUGCAGCAGUCACAGUCUCCCAAUAUCGCGACGAGUGAUUUGGACCGAUUCAAAAACCGUCCUUUCGUGGAUCCAUUCUGAUCAUCGUCGCUAUCGACAGUUUGUCGCCUGCCGGAUAGGAGAAAUCCUCUCCAAGACAAACAUUGAGGAGUGGCGGUACGUUCCAUCGAAAAUCAACGUCGCGGAUGAUGGAACCAAGUGGGCUAGUGGACCAAACCUGAAACCCGACAGCCGUUGGUUCAAAGGCCCGGAGUUUCUAUGGGCACCAGAGGAGGCUUGGCCACAACAAGUAAAACCAGAGGAAACCGAAACCGAAGCUCGACCAUGUCACAUCCAUAUAGCAGUGCAACCUGACGAAAUCAUUAACUGGGAACGCUUUUCGAAGUUCGAGAGGCUCCAAAGAACAGUUGCAUACAUCCACCGCUUCACAGACAACUGUAGACGCAAGGCGGCAAAACAACCACUGCAAUCCUCGCACAUUACCCAGGAAGAAAUCUAUAGAGCUGAAAAUACCCUAUGGCGAUCGGCGCAGCUAGCUGAGUUUCCGGAAGAGAUGGUUCGACUCCAGAUGACAAA